AUGCUCCUACUCCCGCGGGAUACUCGCCAACGCCCUGCAAGGUUGCUGCAUCGAGAAUUUACCGGAGUCCGCUUACACGCAUCGCAGGCGCUGGACGUGAUCAAGAACGCCAUGCUGAACGACAAGCAAAAGCAUGAUGUGAUUGACGCCGUCAAUGUGGAUAUCGACAUCCCUUUGGUCUCGGAGGGAAGGGAAAGGAGAGCUAUCGAGAAGUUUGUCGACCAGGCGGUGCCCGCGAUGGAACCAUCCCUUUCGGCGCUCAUGCCACCCGCGUAUGUGGAUCUGGUCAAGGUCGUGCUGGACGAAACCCUAGCGGCCGCCGAAAGGAAGGAACGCAUGGCCGAGCUGCUACGUGGCGAGCUGGCCGUUCCGCUGUCGAGGCAACUCAACGAGCGCGUGGAUUGUUCGUACAUCCCGGAGAGCAUGGAGGGAAAGGUUCUCAAGAUCGUGGCCGAAAAGAUGGUCAACGAAAUCGUCGCGGCGGCCGUAAAAUCGGACUAGGGCGGCCAGGCAGAAUUGAGUGACCACGCCGGCAAGCUUGGCUUCGUCAUUCUCGCUUGACCAAGGCAGCAUUCAUGUUGUCCUUGUGUAGAGUUUUGCUAUUCAUGUCGACGAGACAACAAUGGCAGUGAUAGCCACGUGCGGGCCUACUCUCAAGAAGGACGAAGGGGGGCCGAGAAACACCUCGGCUCCUUCCCCCGUACAAGUAGGCCUUAUAGAAGAAACUCUAAGCCUACAAGGACGCGGUAACCGUACUGUCGUUUGUGGGCCAAGAAGGAUAAUCACCUUUCUAUGUGACGAC